AUAAAUGAUGAUUCCUGAAUGGAACUAUGGGCCAGUGCAUAUUGUAACGCAUAAUGUUUAAAUAUUUUAUAUUUAUCAUUUACAUCGGCUAUGCCGUGUCAACACCGUUGCCGGAAGAUACGAGGAUCGUUGGAGGGAAGGAUGUCGACAUAACAAUGGCUCCCUACCAAGUUUCAAUUUUAAACAGAGGAAGACAUUCUUGUGGUGGUUCAAUAAUUGGAGACGAUCUUAUAUUAACAGCAGCGCAUUGUUUGAUCGGUUCAUCUCCAAUUAACUUACAAGUUCGCGCUGGUUCAUCAUCUAGUGUGAAUGGUGGCAAAAUUUAUCCUGUCGGUGACUUUGUAUGGAAUCCAGGAUUCACUUACAGCAAAAUGGAUAGUGAUGUGGCAAUUAUUUGGUUAUCUAAACCUCUUGAAUUAAGCAAACGUAUCGCUCCCAUUGAGAUGUUUAACAAUGGCGACGAAAUCAAUGACGGUGAUCUUACCAUUGUCACUGGAUGGGGUAAUCUUAGAGAAGGCGGUGGUGUACCAAGGACGUUACAAAUGGUACUGGUCCCAAAAGUGAACGAAGAUAGUUGUAAAAAAGCGUACGCACCACUUUAUAACAUCACACCCAGGAUGAUCUGCGCUGGUAAUCCAGAAGGUGGAAAGGAUGCCUGCCAGGGUGACAGUGGAGGUCCUCUAGUACAUAAUGGAAAGCUCGCCGGUAUUGUCUCCUGGGGCUUAGGGUGUGCACGGCCUAAUUACCCUGGCGUCUACGCUAAUGUAGCAGCUCUCAGAGACUGGAUUGACGACCAAGCAAUGCUUUUAAGAAUGAAACACAUUUUCCGAACUCUUUAAAUAUUUCCGAAUACGAUUUAUCUGGUAAUGAUUGU